AUGCCUAAAAUGUUUAGCUAUAAUCAGAGUAACCCAACAUGACUGCGUACUUCUGGGAUGAUCCAAAAGCAAUACUUUACAUAAUCAUAGCUUUCUUAGUGCUGGACAAUUUAUGGGCCAUUUAUCUGCUGCUACGGGAGAUCAACGUGGCCUACAAAGCGCACAAAGUUCCGACUGUGAUCAGUCCAUAUUUGCCGCAGGAGCUGUACGACAAGAUGCGGGUCUACAAGAUCCACAAGGGCUGGUUUACCAUUGUCAACACCCUGGUCACUGCGGUUAUAAUGGGCGUCCUGGAGCUGUACUUGGGCUUCUACGCCUGGCUGUACGGAGUGGCCGGCCAGUGCGCCAUGGCCAAGUGGAUGGAGCACGAGGCUUGCGUCUCCGUGAUCUUCGUGCUCCUGCUGAGCUUCUACCUUUGGCUCAAGAUGGUUCCGGCCAUGAUCUACGAGAAAAUGUGCAUCACGAGUGUGCAGUCCAGGGCCAAACCAUCGUGGCUCAUGCGCAUCUGCCACUUUGUCUUUGACCUGAUCGUGGGAACUGCUUUUACCAUCGUGGUGGUGGUGGCCUUGGUGUUCAUGUUUCUGUCCCUGGGACCAUAUGCUCCUCUCGGUCUGUACGGUCAAACUCUGAUCCUGACAUUCUUCAUCCUCCUGCUGAUUCCUUGUUUGAUCGAUCCCCUUAUGGGCAAGCGUGUGCCGCUGGAGAGCUCAAACCUGCGCACCCAACUGGAGCAGCUGACGCGGCAGGUGGGCUUUCCCAUGCGCCAGGUAUACAUCAUCCGGGUGCACGAUCCCAAUACGGGCAGCAAUGCCUUUUUCUACGGCUGUUGCUGCCUGAAGAGGAUUGUCAUAUUUGACACCCUGCUGCUGAAUAGAGGGAAAAGAGAUCUUGCGGAGCUGUCUCCUGAGGAAAUGGGCAAAGGACUGACGGACUCGCAGGUGACGGCUGUGGUGGCCCACGAACUGGGCCACUGGCGGCAUGGCCACUUCUACAAGGCAAUCAUGGCAUUCCAAGUUCAUCUUAUACUGACGAUACUACUCUUCGCGGUCCUUUUCCCCCAUGGACCCAUCUACCAGGCAGUGGGUUUUGCUCCCGGCUUGCAGCCCAUCGUCGUGGGAUGCCUGAUCAUUUUUGGCUUCGUGAUGACGCCUUACAUGACGCUGGCCAACUUCAGCAUUCUGUCCAUGACGCGCUGCUUCGAGUAUCAGGCAGAUAGAUUCGCCUACCAACUCGGAUACGCCGGAGAUCUCGGCCAGGCGCUGCUCAAGCUCUAUGCGGACAACCUGGCCUUCCCCGUCUCCGACUUCUGCUACUCCAGCUGGAACCACACGCAUCCCACCAUGCUGGAUCGUUUGGCUCAUCUGGAGGAACUUCGACGUUAG